CAUCCAUCGAAAUGCAGAUCACCAUCCUCACCACCCUCACCUCCUUUGUCGCUCUGGCCUCGGCCGGAUGCUACUCCUCCGGAUCGACCUUCCCCAACCGCGACGAAGCCCUCUCCUUCGUCCACGACGCCUGCUACAACAACGGCGGCAUGUUCACCGGCAACUUCGCAGCCCGCCAAUCCAAAUCCAUGUGCCCCCGCUCUGGAAAUACCGGUCUCGAGUUUGUGGUUCAGAACCUGAACACCAACACUGGUUUUGAUCUGGGAAACGGAGAUUGCUAUGACAGAUUGAGCAAUGAGAUUUCUUGCGAUCAUGGUGGUGAGAGUACGAUUUCUGGAUGGUUCUUCCGUGCCAGACCCGGUACCUGCUAGAGGACAGUGAUCUUCAGCAUCGGCAAAAGCCUAGGAGAGAGAUGGAGAACCUGACUUCGAGAUGACGGAUAGUGACAGCAAUAUGAUCUAUCCUAAUGAUGAUUAUAUGGUACCAGAUCAUAGCAGUAGUGUCAAAAGUGUUUAGU